CCAAGAUAUAUAUUUAGAACCAAAACCAGCCGUUAGACGAACGCUUAGCUAGCUAGUGAUCGUGCACGUGACACGACGGGGUACCAAAUGGCGGGGAUGCUUGACCGGAAGCCUUCAGCUAAACAAGUCGACUUAAACAGUGGUGGUCAGCAUCCAAUGAGUGAUUGCUGUGGUCAAUAAUUUUGGGGAAUAAUUCGCCGCUACAUAUUUUUGUGUGGAGUUUUCAAAUAUAGAAGUGCUAUUCAGAAAUUAUCUCACGCGAUAACACAUACGGCCUUGACUGAUAGACUUGCUUCUUUUUUCAAAUUGGUGUGGCCUAAAAUUGACGCUGAUCCAUGAAGUCUUUGAUUGAUUUUUUAACGGAAUCCAUAAUUCUACUUGAAUACUUGGAUAUCGGAAACUGCUUACAGAUUUGUUAAAGUGACUAGAAUUUGUCUUCAGUGAUGGGGAUUUUGUUGUACUCCAAUACAUGCGUUCUCCUAUUGUGGUAUUGAUACAUUUCCUGUCAUGUGUGCUGUGAAAACUGGCUAUGUGGCCUGACGCACGCGUUAGUAAAAGUCCUGCGUUGUUACGGUAGUCAAUCAUCAUUACGUGCCUUGGCGGAGUUGUCUAUUCAUGUUUUUAUCAUUAUUUUCAAUUUUAGAGCCUUGUUUCGAUAGAGUGAAUUAUCGCUGCCCUAUCUUCAGGUCUCCUUACAAGAAACCCACAGAGUUCACUUAAUCCGUCAGUUGGAUUUUAACAUAGUUCUCUCGUGUGUAUAUUGGCAACGGGUAUAAAAUGAGCAUAUGCAAGCUGGCGACAGAAUUUGCUAUUUCAAAUGGGAUUCUGAAACAGGUUGAUGGAAAUCCAUCCAUAUUAUCAUGUACCUUGUCACCAUCUCCUAUGCCGGAAUUAUUGCUUCGCAAAGCACAAGGAAUUCAGUGUGACUUCAAUUUACUUUAUCACAAAGCCGCGAUGGAUCAUGAAUUUUUGGAAAUGGUGUUAAAACCUAUUCUUCCCGUAGAUCCAUAUCUUCGAUCUUUAUGGGAUGUUUAUUUACGUACUAGAGGUAGCGAAAACAGACAGAAAAUAGUUUUAGGACUUAAUCGAUCUGAUUAUAUGUUACAUCUUCAUGAAGAUUUAUGUGAUACAAAGAAAAAAUUCAUUACACAUCGACUACGAAACACAAAGGUGGCUGCAGAGUAUGAAAUAGAAACUCAGGACGGAGUUUGGGAUGGCUUGUCCCUGCGUCAGGUUGAAUUCAAUAUGAUCGCAUCAAGCUUUGGUGGCCUAUUGCAGCGCCUUAUUCCACAGCAUCGCAUCUCCUUGUCUCUUCAGGGUUUAUCCAAGAACUUAGCUACUCGUGUGCCCGACUGCUUUCCUGCUGACAGGUUUUCUGAAGCCUUGAUAUCUGCAUGUAGAAUGUAUGUCGAAGAUUGUUCUAGAAGGAAAUUAGUCCCAACUAAAGUAUCCAUCCUCGUUGUAGUCGGUGAAAAUGAAGGAAAUAUCUAUGAUCAUCGAGCUUUAAUUGGUCAACUGUUGUUGAGAAAUCCUGAUAUUGGUGUUUUGUAUCGUUCGUUUAAUUCUCUGAAAACUGAGCUAAAGUUGGAUUCGGAUUUCCGUUUAUUUGUAAAUGACGAAGAAAUAGCUGUUGUAUAUUUCAGAACUGGGUAUACUCCAGAUGCUUUUCCUGAUAAUGAAACAUGGGAUGUGAAAUAUCAACUUGAGAAAUCUUUAGCUAUUAAAUGUCCAUGCAUACAGUAUAUGCUUGCAAAUACGAAAAUUAUCCAAGCCGCUUUAUCUAAACCAAAAUAUUUGUCAAGAUUUUUUCAACCUAACAGUUCAAGUUAUCAGAAUGUUUUAUCUACUUUUGCCAAUCAAUAUACCUUAGACGCAGAGAUCGGAAUAUCUGACUCAACAGAAAUUCAACAAGUUAUUAAUGAGUGUAUGCUGAAACCAGAAAAUUAUGUCUUAAAACCACAAAGAGAAGGUGGAGGAAAUAACUAUUUUGGAGAGCAACUUGUACAAAAGUUGAAGUCGAUUAUGAAUCAUCAUGAGAGAAAAGAUUACGUACUUAUGGAACGCAUACGUCCUUAUGUUUUUGAGAACCAAGUGUUAAAUUCGUUUUCAAAAUGUAAUGAACCAAAAGUUCAAGAAAUGGUAACUGAAUUGGGUAUUUUUGGUGCUAUUCUAGUGUGUGAUGACGAAAUUCACCUGAACGAGUUUUCUGGUCAUCUUCUACGUUCAAAACCAAUAGAAUGUAAUGAAGGUGGGAUAGUGGCGGGAUUCGGUUGCCUGGAUUCACCGUUUAUCACAUGAUUCAGCUGAAAUCAAAUGUCGUUUUCUGCAGACAUUAUUUAUACGCGGUUCCUAAUUGCAUAUCUUUGUAAUUUAAAAAUGCUGUGUCUGAUUUUAAAUUAUCGAUUUUAAGACUACUGUUUAGAAGCUAUUUUACAAAAGGUAUAUCUUUAAAUAUCACUAAGUAAAUUGAUAAGGAUUCGUUUAGUAUUAUCUUGGAUAUUUAUAUU